CGUCGAUCCAGAUCCAGGUACGGUGACUGUCGAGCAAUUCAGGGUAACCGUCGAGCCAGGCUCAGUGACCGUUGGUCCUGAAACGGUAAUUGUGAUCGUAGAUGCUGGCACGGUAAUAGUCGAUCCAGGUAAAGUAAUCCAUUUAGUGUAGAUAAUGGUUCUUCCAAUAUCAAUUGCGAUUCCUAGUCCUUCGGCACCUACCCCCGAUGCGCGAGUAGUGACACCUGGUGACUCCACAUAUGUAGGAAUAGUUGCAGGAAUCGUCGGGAUGAGAGCUGGAGUUGACCCAUCGACACUGUUUGUUGAUAGCGCAAUCGCAGCGGUCGCCCACAGCGAAAGGAAAGCGAGUGAAAACCUCAUUGUGGACCUAUCUGGCAAACCGUCAAGGGCUGCUUCGAGAGCAUCGGCGAAGUGGUGUAAGUACACUAGAGGAAAUUCGAUGACAGAGUGGCCGACGAGGAAGAAAUGCUACCCAGCAGGAGGGACCCGCCACUUCUCGUCUUCUCCAUGUUCAAAGAACUGCAUCCUGCGAGGCUCGUAAAUAAUCAAUGCGGCUGGGAAUAAUUGCACCAUCAUCAUGCGGACUCGUUCAGCCCAGAACACGAGCUUCCAUGCAAGCUUUGGGACACGAGGUGGGCCGACCGGUACUGGUGGAGGCGAAGCCAACGGAUGAAUGAAAGUCGAUGAAAGAAACGCCGUCGGCCGCAUCAGCCGAGCCCAAGGAGUAUUGGAUAUGUUCUUUUCAAUCUACCAUUGAUCGACAGUCUUGGUCCAGGGCUGGGGCUGGACCGAUCGUGGUCAAGGUCGGGCGCGCCUGCAGCGAGGGGGUCAAUUCUCGUUGGCUGUGCCGUACCGCACGGGGACUCGAGGUGGAAGAUGCGAUGCACGCUGGACGAAAAGGAGGCGUAAAGCCACAAAGAAGACGUGAACAAAGCUGCAUUCCCUUUGACCCGCAGCUGACUAGCAGCCGGCGAGGGAAAGGCUGGGAAGGGGGUCAGAUCUUGCGUCCAACUAACCUGAUUACGGGCUAGACCGCAACAUGCAAUAUGCAACAUGCAACAUGCGUAGUUCUCGUCUAAUCGUCGUCCGCCUUGUUCCGUGGAGUAUUCUGUCGUUGUAACAAACUGAUAGAUCACCGUUGAAAGCUGUCCGCAAUGCGGCCGUGACCUCCAGCGAUGAGGUCUCCCUUCGUAACGACGCUGACUCUGUUGGCAGCCGUGGUGGACAGCGCAGCGAGCGAAUGUUCAACAUGGCUAAGACAAAUCAACACUUCUAUUUGCACCUGGCAAAACUUGAGAGCCAACAUCCUCCGCGACACAAUCUACCUCGACGGUGGACAUAUUUGGUUACAGCAAGGAUUUGACGAUGGCUGUGUGAACUAUGCAGCUGACAACAGCUUCGAGGGCUACAUCUAUACCCUCAACCUCGGGACUUCGUUCAACACCAGUUCGAAUUUCUCAACCGUCCUCCAGAAUGAAACCGUCGCCGGUGGCACUGCUAGCAAUCUAGCUCCCAAUUACAUCGACGGUGCGAUGUUUUCGAAUCAAAACGAAUUCUAUCUCUAUGGGGGAAUGAUUCCUUUGACCGACAACAGCGAUCCGCCGCCUGCUAAUGAGGUCCUCGGAUAUGAAGGCUACCAGUAUGGCGCCUAUCGCAACAUUUGGGGGCCCGGUUGGCACAAAGAAGACCUCCCCAGUAACGUCACUCGGUAUAUCACCAAUGGCGCUGGGGUCUCCGCACCAAGUGAAAACCUGGGCUUCUACUUCAGUGGAAUGCGAGCUGCAAACUGGGGCUCGUUUACAUACGACCAGUUCAACGCCAACGUCACAGCGGAUACGCUCAUAACCGUGGAUAUGUCCAUAAUGGGCAAUUCGAGUUGGAGUAACACCACCCUGGCACCUGAAGUCCUUGGACGUGCAAAUGCCGAGCUAGUAUGGGUGCCCGUCUCUGACUCUGGUGUGUUGGUGGCUAUUGGAGGAGUCGUGGACCCGGUCCAGUUCUACCAGAACACCGGGCUGAACACCACACAGACUGCAACGAGCAAGAAGAUCAGCCCGACUUUCAUGGAAACAGUCUCCGUCUAUGAUGUCAAAAGUCAGAAGUGGUACAUGCAAAAUACAACGGGCGAUACGCCGCCUCAAUUGACGCAGUUCUGCUCUGUCUUAGCCAGUGCAUCGGAUGGCUCCUCGCAUAACAUCUACAUCUAUGGAGGGUACAAUGGUAUUGAUUUGGACAGCGUUGCGUCGGAUGAUGUCUAUAUCUUGUCUCUCCCGUCUUUCACGUGGAUCAAAGCCUACAAAGGCAAUAGCACGCACGGUCGUAGCGGGCACCGCUGUAUCAAGGUAUAUCCAGACCAAAUGUUGUCUCUUGGAGGUGUUCACGUCACGUCAACCGAUUGUGUGGAAGGAGGGAUCGUCGUGAACUUCAAUUUGAACAGCCUGACCUUUGAGGAGAACUACGACCCGAAGAAAUGGAGCGAAUACAAGGUGCCAGACAUUGUGACGGCGAAGAUUGGUGGAAGCUCCGUAGGAGGUGCAACCACUACUGCCCCAUCCUCACGGACCAAUUCCUCUCUUGCAGCUAUCUUUGACAAGAAGUACUCCAAGACAAUCAAGAACUAUUGGCCCUACAACAGCACCAGCACCAAUAGUACGAGCAGCGAUACAUCAACUCACAAGAGUGGCGGUCUACCUAAAUGGGCCGCAGCAGUCAUCGGCGUACUUGUUGGACUGUUCGUUAUCGGCCUUCUCAUCUUCGGAUGGUGGUUCUGGCGUCGCCGUCGCCGUCGCCGUCGCCAUCAGCGUCCUGAGAGCAUUGCACCCAGCUUUGGCAAGACCGCUGGUGCCAGAGAGGCCGAUAGCACCGAAGUGCGUCAGUUAAUGUACAGCAGCGAAUUAAGUUCUCCGAUUUCUGGACCUCAGUCGACAUCGACAGGCGUGGAGUCCAGGGCCAACGGGUCCUCCGUACCAGAUUCCGUCCAAACCUCAGUUUCGCCCCGUACGGUGGAAUCAGGAGGAGCAACAGUAUAUGAGAUGCAUGAUUCUUCACCUGUCGAGCUCGCGACAUCAUACAACGUUGCCUCCGAUACACCCGCUACAACUCCAGUCUCAACUCCAAUGCGGUCUCCGGUAUCACCAGCGACACCUGAAGGCGAGACGGCACAGUCCGCACGGCCAGCGCACUACCGCAGUUCGUCUACGGCGUCCAGUGUACCCUCCCUGUCCAUUGACAAUGUCAUGACGGGCCGCCAGUCGUAUUUCCAGGAGGCCUUUGAGACUAACAAGAGUGUCUCAAGAGCACGCAUUGGCUCUGAGAUUUCGGAGGCGAGCAUUGGUGAAGAGGAAAGGACAGAGGUCAGAGGCCAGACUAUUCCUGAAGAUGAACCGUAUGUUCGUAGUGGGGUAUAAGGGUGUACGACAGGAUCAGAUAGCGAAAAUUAAUGGGUUGGGCAUUGAAAUCUCCGGCUAGUUCGUACUUCUCUCCUUAUGAUAUGAAUAUUCAAUGAUACAAUUCUGCUUCACCGUUAUAAUCGUGCGCAAGCUCAUAAAUGGCAGUAGACGGGGUUUUAUAAAAGAGAAGCGGCUCUUCACAGGUUCCCCCAAUAUAAAUGAUGGAUAGUAUAUAAACUGUCAUACAUUGGAUAAGCUCGACUCAGUCCAGUAAAAUUCGCUCACGCAGGUUGGCUUUCGGGUGUUGGAAACUGUCUUCCAAGAUCCACGAUGGCCCUGCCGACAUCGAUGCAUAAAUCUAGAGGCUGUAAGUUCUCAUUCGUCUUGUAGUUUUUGCUGAUUAUCGUGCUGAGUUUCUCGUUCCAGCAUGGAACCAGUGCGGUUACAUCGGACAAUAGCAGUGAUUUCGGCUCAUCUCCGCCCCCAGUAUAGUCAUCGUGACGAGCCAUUAAUUUGAAUGACUCAAGAAUAUCCGAAGAACUGGUCUUCAUGGGAAGGCGCAGAUUGUGAAGGUCAAGACCCUGUGGGAUCCGUUCAAGGGGUAGUCUACUGGUUCGACUUCGCCGAAGUGUCCCCGGGUCAUCAACUGAGUCUUCCGACAACUGGUUUGCAUUAAGGGACAUGAGAUACGCUCGAGGAUCACCUGCAGCCAAAGCUGCUGCAGGGGGCCGGUCGACCCCGGCCUUAUCGGCAGUCAACGCAGCUUUGGCGGCAAUAUAUCGAUUGUGAUGGGGUGAGUUCGACGGAGGAACCCUUGUCCCGGUGUUCGACAUUUUUGACCGGGUUCGAUAUAAUUGAUUAGCCUCUCGUUUCCGCCGUUCAAAAUCCAGCGCCUUCUCCAAUUCAGAUGAACUCUCAGGGGUGAAGCCCUCGUGUAUACUAGCGGCCCAAUUUUCCAGGACAGGGAACCCUCGGCCGCUGUCCAUUGACCUUGCCUGGUGAUCAUUGUCAGGCGAAAUAUCACUGCCAAUUUGCUGGGGAGAGAGGUCGGGCGUUCCUUCACGUUGUGGACGAGGUGAGAAUGAUAAGCUAUGGCUCUCCAAGGGUAGGGUGAUUAUGGGUAUAUCCAGUGGAGGAUUGAAUCGCCGUUCCGCCAGCUGGGAGAGUGUGGCAAUGGCCUGUUCAGGCUCAACCAGGGGUUCGGGUGAUCUUGAAUCAAGCGAGGCCUGUGUAUUCCGCUGGAACCAAGUAUCUAAGGCACCGUUCCCGUAACGCUCUCUGUCUCUUUCUCGCAUUGCCCUUCGGGAGGCACUGAUCGAUGAAGCCGAUUGAAGCGGGGAUUCAUGAGGUGUUGGAGGGUUUCGACGGUGAUUUGGCGGAGACACAGGGGUCCCUCUAGAAUAAACUGGACUAGACCGCUCAGAAUUAUGAACUGGUGAAAUCGAAGUUGGUCUUUGCGGUGUGUGUCUUUGUCCGGCUGCUUGUGAGGCGGUCGCCAGACUGAUUGGUACCGCAGAAGAUGGGGCAUCUCCAGGGUCUGGGACCUGCAAUGAAGCAUUGAUCCGCGAUAUUGACCAUGGAUUGAUUUGACGCGAAUUACCACUCUCAGAGGCCGGGUUGCUUUCAAGUCCCCUACUUCGGCCUCCAUUAUUGGGCGUCUGCGCAAGGGAUGGCACGCUUGGGGAAAGCGAUGAGGUCUGAGUACCAGGACUAGUGAGAAUGGGAGCACCUAAAGAGCCUGCUUCAUCAAUGUACAAUAUCUGAGAGGCUUGGUGGGCAGGUCUCCGGGCCAUGAGCAGGUCAAAACCAGCACUACUAGCUGGAUCAUUGGAAGAUGCUGCCUUUUUGGCCGGAAUCUUGGUGGUCACGUCUGGUAGUGCUCCGUAAUUGUCAUUGAAAAGAUUUUCGAUGAGGGCAAACACUAUUUCCCGGUCCUCGAAAAGCACAUCAUCUUUGCCCGGCUCAAUGUUGACAUCGUAACUUCCCAAGGGACACCUGAGCCGGAGACAAAGAAACGGCUCGGUGACUGAUUUGGGUGCCUCCCCUUUCGAGCUAGCAGCACGAACGUAGGAUUUGAAGAGCUUGACAAUAUCGUGGCCGACGCCACGAGAUGUGGAAAGAGGCCUCCCAUCGAUACUAAGAAAUUGGCCCUUGUUGUUGGCUUUUGAGAAGUCUG